AUGGCUUUCAAGAUUGGAGAUCUCCUCGCCCAGAUCAGCGGUGGUGAUGAGGGGUCUACCGUACCCCCUAAACAGAAUCUGGUCCGGUCGAACACGUUACCCAAAAGGAAGGCCGACGAUGAUCCUCGAUCGAGUAUUUCGAAGGCACCUCGAGUGACCACGUUAUCCAGUACCGUGGCACCACGAACGAUACAAUCUCCUACUACUUUCUCAAGACCAAACCUCCCAUCACGACCCGCCGAUAGAUUGAUACCCUCACAACGACCCUCGAACCCCUCGAAUGGUAGUAGUAAACCUUCCGUCUUGUCGUCCAAACCCAUGAAUGGGGGUAACAGGGUCUCCAAGCCUGUUGCCCCCAGCAGACCGUCACCAGGUCCCGCAAGCGCAUCUUCUGCACCACCGAAGAAGGGCUCCUUCGCUGAGAUUCUUGCACGGGCUCAGAAGGCCCAGCAAUCGAUGGGACAAGUUGGUAAGAUCCAACACAAGAAGGUUGAAGGUGGCGCUUUGAAGAAGGUCAAGGAGGAGCCACCUGCAAAGGUCGAUCCUCGAGCAGCCAAAAAUAUGAAGCAACGUCCAGCACCUGCUCCCUCGGGCUACUCCGGCACAGCGAAACCAGGCCAAAGGCCAGCUCAACGGAAUGGCGCACCUGUGUCCGGAGCCGGAAGGGAUCCGCGUAACGGAAAGCCCCUGCCUCCGACAAAAGCAGAACGUGGCAAGGUGACCGGCAGCAAGUCAUCCUCAGGCAGAGCCGCGCCCCCUGAGGAAGAAACCAAGAAGGUGAAGAAGGCGGCCAUGGCUACAACUGGUUAUACCGGCACAGCCAGACCCAGACCAGGAGGUGACGUUGGCAAGAAGAAGAAGGAAACCCCUCGUGGCGGUGCAUUACUCAGUGCCCCACGAGCUCCUCGUCCAUCACGUUCAAAGUCACGAUUUGAAGACGAUUAUGACGAGGAUCUGGAUGAUUUUAUUGACUAUGACGAUGAAGAAGACGACGGCGGUCCACGAUAUGAUUAUGCUUCCGAUGCUUCUUCAGAUAUGGAGGCGGGCAUGGAUGAUAUCGACGACGAAGAGCGGCAAGCAGAGCGACUUGCCAAACUCGAAGAUCUCAAAGAGGAACGACUCGAGAAGCAACUCAAGGCUGAGAAGGAGGCUCGCAAGCGGCAGGCCUUGGAAGCCAUGCGUGGACGACGCUGA